UAAAAACUAAUAGGCUGUGGCAUUUUACUCUUAUCGUAUUAAUGCGGAUCAAGGCAUAGACUAUAUAAAUCGAGCCGAAUCGUAUUUGCUUCAAAAUUCCAUUACAUUUUGGAGUAUUUGUUGGCAAGUGAAAGAGAACAAAAAACAUCAAUAAGCUCAAUAUGAGUCUCAGAGAACAGCAUGGCGCUGAAAAACUCAUUGACGAGUACACCCCACCAGAGGUCAUCCAGAAAUACAUGACUGGAGGAGAUAUUGGACACGAUAAAGAAGGUGCAGUCGUCCGAAUUGAGCCAUGGGGCUACUUAGAUAUGAAGGGAAUCAUGUAUUCAUGCAAAAAAUCAGAUUUGGAAAAGAGCAAGCUGCUUCAGUGUGAAAAACAUCUAAAAGACCUGGAAGGUGAAACUGAAAAGCUUGGGAAACCCUGCGCUGGAUUGACUGUUGUGUUCGAUAUGCAGAAUGUAGGAUCUAAACACAUGUGGAAACCCGGUCUGGACAUGUACUUAUAUUUAGUCAAAGUGUUGGAAGACAAUUAUCCUGAUAUGAUGAAAAGACUCUUUGUCAUCAACGCCCCAACACUAUUUCCCGUUUUAUAUAAACUCGUGAAACCGCUUCUCAGUGAAGACAUGAAGAACAAGAUUUUUGUAUUGGGAAAUGACUUUAAAGACACACUGCUGGAAUAUAUUGAGGCGGAGAACCUUCCCGCUUAUUUGGGCGGUACAAAGACCGGUUCUGAUGGAGAUCCCAAAUGUGCAGAUGUGAUUUGCCAUGGUGGUGAAGUACCUAAAGAAUUCUAUUUGGAAAAUACCGAAGACUUCGAAACUAUGGAGACCAUUACUGUUGGAAGUGGUGAUAAGAUUUACAUGGAAUAUGAAAUCGAAAAGGAAGACAGUUUCCUUAAAUGGGAAUACAAAACUGAGGAACACGAUAUCGGAUUUGGAGUUUUUAGAAAGAAUGGUGACGACUGGGAAGAGGUUGUGCCUAUUCAGAGAACCGACUGUUCCAUCAUGACUCUUGAUGGCAGCUACAAAUGCAAAGAUCCCGGACAUUAUGCCUUGUGCUUCGACAAUUCUUUUAGUAUGAUGACUUCAAAGAAUGUCCGUUAUACUGCAGAAGUUAUGAAUCCUGAAAUUGAUGUUUUGAAAGACGAUCUUGAUAAAAUGAUCAAAGACAGCACUUGGGAUGAACUUUCUGCUCAAAUCAAUUAGAUUAAUAUAUAAAAUUAAUAUAUAAAUCUAAACGCACUCACUAACAUACAUACAUGCAUACCCGUAUAAACAAAAACCUCGUUGUUAGAAGCAGAGAUAUGUUGAUAGAGAAAUUCAAUCCCAGCAAUAUUAGUAACAACUAGGAGUUGGACAGUAAAAGCAACAUUGACAACGAACUUCUUCUAUAGAAUCUUCCUCUAUAGAAUGUUUCAUUGAAAUAUCUAAAGUAAUUUCCAUAACCUUCUGAAAUAUCCUUCAGAAAAAUGGUACAAAACUAACAAUAUAUUGAUUUUUAUUUGAAGAUAAAAUUGGUAUUGUGCUUCAGAUAUUUCAGAUUUGUUUCGGCCCGUGGUGGCACAUAUCAACUCUAACUUUAAUCCAUGCCUAUCUUACAUGACAUUUAGAACAUUUUGGAGAACUUAAACCAAAAUAUCAUGAUUCUAUUUAAAAUACAAUAAUAUCAAUAACGGAAAGAAAUGCCAAUCGUUUGCUGUUGUUGUUUUUCUAAUAUUCAAUGGAUCAUUAAAAUUAAUAUGAUAAACUAACACUAUUUUAAUAAUAGUGUUAAUAAUAAUAAUAAUAAUAAUAAUAAUAUUUUUUCUUUUAUUAGCCACAAGGGUUCACAUACAAAAACAUUAAAUGACAGACAACAGCAUAAAAGACAAAAACUGAACGAUAUAAUAAUAGUAAGGAUUAUAACGCUAGUGAUAAGUUAUUAGCGACUUUGAAUGAGUCGACAAAUCUCCUGUUGUUACUAAUACCGAUGUUACUGAUAUCAACUUAUGACAAUUGUUUUAAAUGCUUCCUUUUCGCUAUUAUUCAUUUUUUUAAUGUAUCUUCUAAACCUUCAUCUUUUCAAAUAAAGAUAGAGCAUAAAUAAA